AGUUUUGCAAUGCUAAUGAGUCACGCUGCUGUUAGCAUUAGCAUACAAUGGGUGCUUGUACUACUGCACUCUCACCAUUUACACGCACACACAGCGAGUUUUCACAGAUCCUGUUUGACGUUAGAAAUAUAACAGUGUGGAACUUCAGGGUAAAAAUCCUCUUCACUUCCUGUCAGAAUCAGUUUACAGAGGGCCGAGAACCAAUCACAGUCACCCUCAUCAUCCUGAAGCUCAUGGCCACAAAUGUGUACAAGACACAUCACACAGACGCACACUGACUGUGAGUGAGCUCCAGCUGUGUUAUUGCACAUCUGUAGCUGCUGCUUCAUCAACAUUCUGAUUUCCAGCAGAACCGGAAUCUUUUACUUUCACUUUAAGCCGACCCCCACCGACGUUGAAGGACACGCCCACUCCGUGGGACUCUGGGAAAACAUGGCCGCUUCCGGUACGUGCGUCAGAUUCAUUUAAAUUCCUCAGAGAAGCAAAAUGCUAAUGACGGAUUAAAACACACACACACACACACACACACACACACGCACACACACGUGUGAUGGAGGAGUGCAGCAGUGAUGAGAGUUUAAACUCCAGGCAGCUCAGCGCUCACAGCCUCAGCAGCAGCAGGUCUCGCUCAGAGCGCUGUUCCCCUGCCAGAACCCCCACAGCCCCCAUUUCUGAUCCAGACAUCUCCACACCUCUCAGCCAGGUGAGAGGGAAAACACCUGCUAAGGAUCAUUUGGAGUUAUUAGUGAAUGAAGUUGUAGAGAUUGAGACGAAAGAUGUGACCUACAUUUGUCCGUUUGUGGGAGCUGUGCGAGGCACACUGACCAUCACCAACUACAGACUGUUCUUCAGAUCCGUCACCCGGGAGCCUGUGUUUGUGUUGGAUCUCCCUCUUGGGGUGAUCAGCAAAGUUGAGAAGAUUGGAGGAGCCUCCAAUAGAGGAGACGUCUCAUACGGCCUCAUCUGCAAGGACAUGAGGAACCUGCGGUUUGUCCAUAAGCAACCGGACGACUCAUUAAAGAAAUCAGUGUUUGAUGUGAUGAGCAAGUUUGCCUUCCCACUGUCCAACAACCUGUCUCUGUUUGCAUUUGAGUAUAAUCAGGUUUUCCCAGAGAACGGCUGGAAAGUUUUUGAUGCUUUAGCGGAGUACAAGAGACAGGGUCUGCCCAAUGAGAGUUGGAGGAUCUCUAAGGUGAAUGAUCGUUAUGAGUUGUGUGACUCGUAUCCCGCUGCACUGGUUGUCCCGGUAACCGUUACUGACGAUGAACUGCGACGUGUUGCGACCUUCAGGGCCAGAGGUCGUAUUCCGGUGUUGUCAUGGCUGCACCCUCAGAGUCAGGCUGCAGUGGUACGGUCGGGACAGCCCAUGUCUGGUGUGAGUGGGAAACGCUGUAGAGAUGAUGAGAAGCUGCUGCAGGCUGUCAUGGACGCCAACGCACAGUCUCACAAACUGUUCAUCUUUGAUGCACGUCCCAGCAGUAACGCCACAGCAAACAAGAUGAAGGGAGGAGGGUAUGAGAGUGAAGAUGCUUAUCAGAACGCUGAGCUCGUCUUCCUCGAUAUACACAACAUUCAUGUGAUGCGUGAGUCACUACGGAAACUAAAGGAGGUGGUCUAUCCCAACAUCGAGGAAUCCCAUUGGCUGUCCAACCUCAAAGCCACUCAUUGGCUGGAGCACAUCAAGGUGAUAUUAGCAGGUGCAGUGAAGAUGGCGGAGAAGGUGGAGUGCAGUAAGACGUCUGUGGUGAUCCACUGCAGUGACGGUUGGGACAGAACCGCUCAGCUCUCCUCUCUCUGCAUGCUGAUGCUCGACUCACACUUUAGAACCAUCCGGGGAUUCCAGAUCCUCAUCGAGAAGGAGUGGGUGAGCUAUGGACACCGCUUCCAGCAGAGGGUGGGUCAUGGUGAUCAGAACCACACCGAUGCUGACCGCUCACCCAUCUUCCUGCAAUUCAUUGACUGUGUAUGGCAGAUAACACAGCAGUUCCCUGCAGCGUUUGAAUUUAAUGAGUACUUCCUUUUGACGUUGCUGGAUCACCUGUACAGCUGUCUGUUUGGGACCUUCCUGUUUAACUCUGAACAGCAGAGAGUCACUGAGGAGGCACAGAAGCGCACAGUGUCUUUGUGGUCAUUCAUUAACAGUCAGUGGGAGGAGUUUGUGAAUCCUUUGUACGUUCACUACGACACACAUGUGUUGUUUCCUUCCGUCUCUAUCCGACACUUACAGCUGUGGACCUCCUACUACAUCCGCUGGAACCCCCGCCUCAGACCACAGGAGCCGUUGCACCAGCGAUAUAAAGAGUUGCUUGCGAAGAAGGCGGAGCUUCAGAAACGCAUGGAGGAGCUUCAGCGUGAAGUAGUGAAUCGUGCAUCUGCAUCUCCUGAGAGGGCCGGGUCGCCCACUGUCCCCGCCCCUACUAUAAACACCUUCAUAUGAUCGUCUUCUCUCCCUUUCUAUCUCCCACACACUAAAACACAACUGUUAACGUUGAACCCACACUAAGUAAUCAUUACUAUGAUCAACAGUGCUGUAGGUUUUAUUCAGAUUACAUAAACUCUGCCUCCUGUUUAAAAGCAUCCGGUCACAUAAAAAAAACCUGCAGAGUCCAAUAGACGUUGUAUUUCAGUAGUUUGUUAUACAACACUGACUUACUAAUUAUUUAAGCAUAAAUUGAGUGUGUUAGGGUGUGAUCACAUAAUGCAGCCAAUCAGAGGGCACCACACAAGCCUAAUUAGCAUAUUACUUUAUCUUUAUCAUAUUGUAAGUAAGGCUAGCCCGUGAACAUCUAUGUAAUAAGUACUUGAACAACAGCUUUGAUCCAAAACUGUGUGUGUGUGUUUUGUGUGUGUGUGUGUGUGUGUGUGUGUGUGUGUGAUCUCUAUCAUAACCUGGAUUAGCUGGAGUAAAAUAUACACUAAUGCACACAUAUUGGAUAUUGGAUUAACACUGUUUUAUAUCCUGAAUAAAUGCUUGUUAUCAGUAAA